AUGGAGCUCCAGCUCAAAGUAAUUAAUUUGCCUUGCUUUUGUUUGCAAAAAAGAGAUUCCCCUAUGGAGUGGACUGAAAGCCACGAUGUGGCUUUAUGCAAGGAGGUGCUGGUUCAGAAUCCCUUCCUGGCCCGAAAGAAAACCGUUCAGCGAGCCGCAAUUUGGCAGAAAAUAGCUGAUGAGCUGGUGUCCUUGAGCCGUCCAAAGUUCAAGGUAACACUCACUAAAAGAUCUGUCCAAGACAGACUGUUGUUGAUUAUCACCAAACACAAAAGAAGAAUGGCCACAGAGAGAAGAGAAAGUGGAACUAGUCCUGAAAUUUCAGAGCUUGGCAAACUCUUGGAGGACGUUGUGGAAAAGGAGAAAUGUUACGAACAGCGACGAGAAAGUGAAGGUAAAAUCACUUGAAACCAAGGAGGUUUACUCCGAAAAAUAUGUAUUCUUCCAUAAUUAAGACGAAUCUUCUGUGAUGACGUAGACUUAGUUUCUUCAGGCUGCAUUCAUUAUGUACACCACAGAGGAGCAAAGGCAAAUUUAAGGGGAUCUUUUUUAAUAAAAAUGGGGGGUAUGUUAAAAAAAAGUGCUGUAGGCAUUAAGACGGGGGGGUGGCAAAUCUUUUGAACCUUAAGGAUUUGUAACAUUACAGGAGACAAAGUGAAUUAAGUUAGAACCAUUAGUUGCAUGCAGUACUCGCGUAUACUAACAAGUCCUCCUGAGUCCUGCUAUCUUCAUCACCAUGAUCAACUUUAUAUUUAAUGGCUCCCACUGGUAAUAUUAUGGAUUUCCUCAUUCUCAUUAUAUCAGUCAUUAUUGUGUUCAUUAAUCUCAGCACAAUCACCAUCACAACCAUCAAACUCAACCCAACCUUCUUAUUUUUAAAGCUUUAAAGCACUUAUUCAGUAUUUGUCAGGCCAUCUUGACUUAACUCAUAAUUUGCAAGUAAAAUUGUUAUCGUUAGUGUUUCUUUUCUUUAAAAAUAAUUCCACAAAUAACUUAUUUUAAAAUAGGGGAUGCAGAUAGAAAGAAACAAGAACUAGACAAGGCAAAGGGGGAGGAGGCAAGGAAUAAGGCAAUGGAGAAACUGUCUGAAACGAAAAGAAGAAAGAAUGAUGGGUCUGAAGCUAAGUAG